AAGUGACGCAGCCCAGAGCGGCUCCGGGCGGCCGGAGGUAGCAAGAGCCAUGGCAGAGGCGGAAGCGGAAGGAUGCUCCCUGCUGCUGCCGCCAAUGCCCCCUCAGGGGAUGGCGGAAGUGGAGGCGGCAGACGAAGCAGCGAUGAAGCAGUUCCGUGGAAGCGGCGGUGGCGGCAGCGGCGGGGUCGUAGGCAUGGACGUGGAGCGAAGUCGCUUUCCCCACUGCGUGGUGUGGACGCCCAUUCCCUUGCUCACGUGGGUUUUCCCCAUUAUUGGCCACAUGGGCAUCUGCACUUCCACAGGCAUCAUUCGGGACUUCGCAGGCCCCUACUACGUCUCGGAAGACAAUAUGGCCUUUGGAAAGCCUGUGAAGUACUGGAAGCUGGACCCCUCCAAAGUGCAUGCCGGCCGGCCUAAUGCCUGGGACACUGCGGUCCACGAGGCGUCAGAAGAAUAUAAGCAUCGAAUGCACAAUCUCUGCUGUGACAAUUGCCACUCCCAUGUGGCCCUGGCCCUCAACCUGAUGCGCUACAACAACAGCUCCCGCUGGAACAUGGUGAAGGUCUGCUUCUUCUGCCUGCUCUACGGGAAAUAUGUCAGCUUCGGGGCAUUUGUGAAGACCUGGCUCCCCUUUGUCCUCCUCUUGGGCAUCAUUGUCACUACUGCCUUCGUCUUCAACCUGCGGUGAUGGCUACACCCUAACUCUGGCCCCUUCAGUUUGGAGGCCUCAGCUAGAAGGAGACUGGGCUUGCCGUACUCACUCCCUGCCCUACUGUCCUGGAGCUGGCUGCUGGCCCUAGACUCCUGUCUCCUUUGGUUACAGAUACCUCUCCCUCCCAAAACUACCAGAGCCUGCCUGUGAGCUUGGAGCCCAAACCUGAGAGACUGAGAUGAUGACCCUGGAAGGGGCCAGUUACUCCUAGUUCUGUUUUAGCCAUGCCAGGGCCCUUCCUCUUCUCCCCGCUCCCCAGGAUGGAGCAGCUGGCCUUCCCUCACCUUGUGGGUUCUUGCAGGAUGCUCUCAGGGCAGGGGGUUGGCUCUCCUCCCAAAGCCAGAAUCCUUCCCUCCCCUUCCCGAUCUUUCCCAUUGAGCCCUGCAUCCUGGCACGGCCUGCCUCUGCCCCUGCCACAGGCUUUCUGGGCCUUGUCUCUGUCUCCCCCACCCCUCCAUAUGGGCCCAGAUCCCUGUCUCGGGGAAGGGCAGAAGGGCAGGCAUAGAUUCAGUCAUUCUAGCCUAGUUGAGGCCCCACCCAAGGCAGUACAGAAGUUCUGGCUUUGGGAAUGAGGUGCCCUGGUUUUUCCACCACCACCUAGCCUCUCACCUCUAAUUCUCCUUCUCUACCAGGAGUAGGUAAUAGAUUAGGUAUAACCAGAAGGGUGGGGAUAAUCACUGCUAUGCUAGCCAAGAAAUGGAGGGGAAGGUGCCCGUCUCCCCCAUCUUCAGAGGCAUGGUCCCCCUGCUCAGGCCACUUCCCUUGCUCAGGGCCUUGACCUCUAGUUUAGGGCAGAGGGUGAUUGGCUGCCCCCACUUCUCCCAUCAGUUUUACCAUGGAGGGAGACAAAUGUUAGCAAUUCCUGGCCCAGGCAGGAGGUCCCACUUCUGUAGGCCAAUAGUUCCUCCCCUUAACCAUGGAGUGAGGGCAGGGGGACUGAACCAUAGUGGGAACUCCAAAGGGCGAUGUAUCACAGUGCCCAGGGCCACAGUGCCCAGCCCUUGUGGGCCUCUCCCAGAAGGGCAUGCACUAGGGAGUCUUCCUCACUGGGGCACCUCUCAAUUUAGUCACCCCUUUUCUCAUCAUGUUAUCUGAUUAGGGCCUGGCCUUUCCAACCCCUUGCCAAACAGAUCUAACCUACUGUGUCCCCACCCCUUUGAAGGGCUCCUAUGGAAAGGGGGCUCACCAGGCAGGGCCAAUAAAGAGGUUUGACUCCAGCCAA